AUGUCCAACGAAGGUGAAGAAGAUCUCUUAGAAUACUCUGACAACGAGCAGGAAAUCCAAGUCGAGGCCUCCAAGGCAGCCGAAGCUGGCUCUGCAGAUGCCAAAGAAGCUGGGGAAAACGGCACCGAGACUGCUGACAAGAAGGGCUCGUACGUCGGAAUCCAUUCGACUGGUUUCAAAGACUUUCUGCUGAAGCCUGAGUUGUCCAGAGCUAUUAUCGACUGUGGUUUCGAACAUCCCUCGGAAGUCCAGCAACACACCAUCCCGCAAAGUAUUCACGGUACCGACGUUCUGUGCCAGGCCAAAUCGGGUCUAGGUAAGACCGCCGUUUUUGUGCUCUCGACGUUGCAACAGCUAGAUCCAGUUCCAGGCGAGGUCUCCGUGGUUGUUAUUUGCAACGCCAGAGAAUUGGCGUACCAGAUUCGUAACGAGUACCUCAGAUUCUCCAAAUACAUGCCGGACGUGAAAACCGCAGUGUUCUACGGUGGUACCCCAAUUACUAAAGACGCUGAUCUUCUGAAGAACAAAGAAACCGCCCCUCACAUCGUGGUGGCCACCCCAGGUCGUUUGAAGGCCUUGGUCAGAGACAAGCUUAUCGACCUCUCCAUGGUCAAGAACUUCGUGAUCGACGAGUGUGACAAGGUCUUGGAAGAAUUGGGAAUGCGCAAGGACGUGCAGGACAUCUUCAGAGCCACCCCAAGAGACAAACAGGUGAUGAUGUUCUCCGCCACUCUUUCUCAGGAAAUGAGGCCUAUCUGCAGACGUUUCCUCCAAAACCCACUCGAGAUUUUCGUGGACGACGAGGCCAAAUUGACUUUGCACGGUCUACAACAAUACUACAUCAAGUUAGAGGAGCGUGAGAAGAACCGUAAACUCGCUCAGCUAUUGGACGAUCUAGAAUUUAACCAGGUGAUUAUCUUCGUGAAAUCCACUAACAGAGCUAACGAAUUGACCAAAUUGUUGAACGCCUCCAACUUCCCUGCCAUCACUGUUCAUGGUGGUAUGAAGCAAGAAGAACGUAUUGCGCGUUACAAAGCCUUCAAGGAUUUUGAAAAACGUAUUUGCGUAUCGACUGACGUGUUUGGAAGAGGUAUUGAUAUUGAGCGCAUCAACCUUGCUAUUAAUUACGAUUUGCCAAACGAAGCCGACCAAUACUUGCAUCGUGUCGGCAGAGCAGGUAGAUUUGGUACCAAGGGUUUGGCCAUUUCUUUCGUGGCCACCAAGGAAGAUGAAGAGAUCUUGGCUAAGAUUCAGGACAGAUUCGAUGUUAAGGUGGCAGAAUUCCCAGAAGAGGGUGUUGAUCCAUCCACUUAUUUGAACACUUAA